AUGGCCGGCGGUUUCAACUACGCGAAAUACCUUAGCAUCGACAGCGUUGCUGCUGCUGUCAUCUUCGCUAUUCUAUAUGUGCCUUUGGCAUGCGUUUUUACCGUCAAACUAUUCCGCGGAUUCACAAUGACGCGACUCCUUCUUACGCUCUUCUGUUUUCUCCGCGUGGGUGCCUUCUCGUUGCGAGGUGUCUUGUCCGGAUCAUCGAAGGCGGGGGAGAACGAGACGCUGUUCAUCGUUUAUAGCGUGCUCUACAGCGCCGGGUUUUACUGGGUCCUCUACAGCGCAUACAGCCUUGUCCUCGAUAGAGGCGAUAUCAAUGGCAACAUCCCCAAUCUCGGUGUUAUCUCCCGCGUCUCCCGCAAUCGCCACCUGAUACAUAUUGUGCUCGUCGUCGCUGUUGGUCUCGGCGUCAAAGCAGCGAUCGACGCGACGAGCAGCAACGAAAAGACACGUAACGAGUCGCAAGGCGACAGGAGGAUUAGCGUGAUCAUCUAUCUCGUAGUCGCUGUGCUUCUGGCGAUACAAAACGUUUUACUGGUCAUGGUGGAAUUCCAAAGUCCCACAGAUCAUCGCAUCCCCAUCGCAUCCAGCAUGUCGCUCGAGAGCGAACAACGAACCUUCGGCGCGCGCCAUGCCUCGCGCCUCCUGGCAGUCAUCACCGUCCUCAUCCUCAUCCGCGAAGUCUUCUUCAUCGCCACCUCCUCUUCCUUCAGUACUCAGAAUAAGGAGGUGCUAUGGUACCCUCUUUCCGCGUCAACAGAGUAUAUCGCGCUCGCGGUGUUCUCCAUCCAGGGACUGCUGCCGACUAGGGCGCAGCUGAAAUUCGCGGAAGAGGCGAAGAAAUAUGGAAGCACUGGAGUUCCUUUGGCAACGCAACAGCAUACCAGCUCACCGUAUACUGUGGGGUCAGCGUACAGCGUGCAAUAUCCCUAUUCUACCUCGCACGCGUAA